AUGGGGGGACGCUGGGGAGGCACGCGGCUGGUCACCGCGCUGCUGUUAGUCCUGCUCGUCGCGACAGGCCUUGCUGCAGAUGAUGGGUUCACAAAGAAGCAUGAGAAGGGCCGAUGCGCCAUUCGCGGGCACUGCGGCAGCCAGGGUUUCUUUGGUCCGCAGCUGCCUUGUCCCGACAACGGACUGGCGAAGACUCCCGAGGCAGAUGUUCGCGAAAAGCUCGUGAGCAUCUGUGGCGACAAAUGGACCGACACGGAUGUCUGCUGCGAGGAGGAGCAGAUCGAUGCUCUGCAAUCCAACCUGAAGCGCGCCGAGUCGCUCAUCGCAUCCUGCCCGGCAUGCAAGGAGAACUUCUUCAACAUGUUCUGCACCUUCACUUGCUCGCCGGACCAGUCUCUCUUUGUUAACGUGACUGAAACGAAGCCGAAGGGCUCCAAGUUGAUGGUCACGGAGCUGAAUCACUUGGUGUCGGACGACUACGGCUCGCGCUUCUAUGACAGCUGCAAGGAUGUAAAGGUCGGCGCCACCAACGGCAAUGCCAUGGAUCUCAUCGGAGGCGGCGCCAAAAAUUACACCCAGUUCCUCAAGUUCCUCGGCGACAAGAAGUUCUUGGGGAGCCCGUUUCAGAUGAACUUCCCGGAUCCUAAGCUGUACCCCGGACUUGAGCCUCAGACCAAGGACGCUAAAGCUUGCAAUGACUCGGAUGAGCGGUACCGAUGUGCUUGUGUCGACUGCCCGUCCGUCUGCCCGGAGUUGCCCGAGGUUAAAGAGAACAAACAAUGCCGCGUCGGUGUGCUGCCAUGCCUGUCCUUUGCCGUCAUCAUCAUCUACUCGGGUUUCAUUUUACUGCUUACCGUUGCUGUCUCUGGACAUGUUGCCUAUCAAAAGCAUUACCAGCACAAACAGGAGCGUCUGCGCCUCCUCCAGGACUUGGAGCCCAGUGACGAUGAAGACGAGGGUGAUAUUGUGGCCGCCGCCGGCAUCCUUGAAACUCCGACGAGGAAGUAUAAGUUGAAUGACUGGUGCGAUAAGGUGUUCAGCCGCCUGGGAUAUACCUGCGCCGAGUUCCCCGCCAUCACCAUACUCUGCAGUGUGGUCGUCGUUGUCCUCCUGAGUCUGGGCUGGCUUAGAUUCACCGUGGAGACGGAUCCAGUCCGACUCUGGGUGGCGCCUGACUCACCUGCCGCGCAAGAGAAGAAUUUCUUUGACGGAAACUUCGGCCCCUUCUAUCGUGCCGAGCAGGCCUUCCUCGUUAAUGAUGUCGACCCGACUGGACCUGGCCCCGUCCUGAGUUAUGAGACUUUGCGCUGGUGGUUCGAUGUCGAACACCGGGUGAAUAGGUUGAUGGUUGACGGAAUCACUUUCGAUGAUGUCUGCUUCAAGCCUACCGGUGACGCAUGCGUGGUCCAGUCACUUACUGGCUACUUCGGCGGAGAGUUCUCCAACAUCGACUCCAAGACUUGGGAAAAGGAUCUUCGGGCAUGCACCGAUUCCCCAGUGGACUGCCUGCCAGAUUUCCAGCAACCGUUGAACCCCUCAAUGCUCUUGGGCGGCUGGAAGGAUGACGUUCUCAAUGCCCAGGCUCUGAUCGUUUCUUGGGUCGUCAACAACCAUCAGGAAGGCACUGAAGAGCUUGAGACAGCAAUGAAGUGGGAGAACGGCCUCAAGAACCUCUUGAGCGCCGUACAGGAAGAGGCUGCUGAGCGUGGCCUCCGGCUUUCGUUCAACACGGAGAUCAGCUUAGAGCAGGAGCUGAAUAAAUCUACCAACACCGACGCCAAGAUUGUUGUCGUCAGCUACAUCAUCAUGUUCAUCUACGCUUCGCUAGCAUUGGGAUCUACGACACUUUCUGUGAGAACCAUCCUGCAGAACCCGGCCAAUGCUCUCGUUCAGUCGAAGUUCAUGCUGGGUGUGGUUGGUAUCGUCAUAGUCCUCAUGUCCGUCUCCGCAUCCGUCGGCCUGUUUUCUGCGGUUGGCAUCAAGGUCACUCUUAUCAUUGCUGAGGUCAUACCUUUCCUUGUUCUUGCCGUCGGCGUCGACAACAUUUUCCUGAUCGUCCACGAGUUUGAACGUGUCAACAUCAGUCACGCCGAAGGAUCUGUGUCGGAGCGAAUCGCAAAGGCUCUUGGCCGGAUGGGCCCCAGUAUCCUGCUGUCCGCGAUGACUGAGACGGCGACUUUCGCUCUAGGUGCGGCCGUUGGCAUGCCCGCCGUACGGAACUUCGCCGCAUAUGCCGCCGGCGCCGUCUUUAUCAAUGCUCUGCUGCAGGUAACUAUGUUCAUCUCUGUCCUUGCUCUGAACCAGCGCAGGGUCGAGGCCAGCCGUGCCGACUGCUUCCCGUGCUUCCGCGUCACUCGUGCGGAUCCCGGUGGCCUUAGUACCGGCGUCGUUUUCGGUGGCGAGGAGGAAGGCACUUUGCAACGAUUCAUUCGCAAGAGCUACGCGCCGACACUGCUGGGCAAGAAGACGAAGACGUUGAUCAUAACCGUUUUCCUUGGGCUGUUCACGGCAGGUUUGGCACUUCUGCCCAAGAUUGAGCUUGGCCUUGACCAGCGGAUUGCGAUUCCCAGCGACUCGUACCUCAUCGACUACUUCAACGACCUCUACGACUACUUUGGCGUGGGUCCUCCGGUCUACUUCGUUACGCGGGAUUUGAAUGCCACCCAAAGAAGCCACCAGCAAGAGCUAUGCGGACGAUUCUCCACCUGUGGCGAACUCUCACUAGCAAACACGCUUGAGCAGGAGAGGAAGAGGCCUGAUACUUCCUACAUUGCGGAUGCCGCAGCCAGCUGGAUCGAUGACUACUUCCUUUGGUUGAACCCGUCUCUCGACAGCUGCUGCUACGAUGAAGGAAAUGAUCCGUUUGGUGAUGAUAAGAAGGCCUGCUUUGCUGACCGCAAUCCUCCAUGGAACCCCACUUUGAAGGGCAUGCCCGAAGGCCAGGAAUUCAUCCAGUACCUGGAGCGUUGGAUCGAGGCUCCCACCACCGGUGACUGCCCGCUUGCUGGCAAGGCCGCUUAUGGAAAUGCGUUGGUCAUCGACUCGGAGCGUCUGACGAUUCCAGCUUCUCAUUUCAGGACGUCGCACACUCCGCUGCGCAGCCAGAAAGACUUCAUCGAUGCCUACGCAUCGGCCAGGAGGAUCGCGUCCGAGAUCAGUGACCGCACGGGCGUCUCGGUCUUCCCCUACUCCAAGUUCUACAUCUUCUUCGACCAGUACGCCUCGAUCGUGCGGGUCACCUGUGCACUCGUCGGCUCCGCCCUGGCCUUGAUUUUCGUGAUCACGUCGGCGCUCCUGGGCAGCGUACGCACCGGUCUCGUCGUGACGGCGACGGUCAUCAUGACGGUGGUCGACAUCGCCGGCACCAUGGCGCUGGCCGGGGUGUCGCUCAACGCCGUCUCGCUGGUCAACCUGAUCAUCUGCGUGGGCAUCGCGGUCGAGUUCUGCGCGCACAUCGCGCGGGCCUUCACGUACCCGUCGCAGUCGCUGCUCGAGCGCGCGGCGCCAAAGGUGCGGUUCAGAGGCCGGGACGCGCGCGCGUGGGUGGCCCUCACCAACGUCGGCGGCAGCGUCUUCAGCGGCAUCACCGUGACCAAGUUCCUGGGCGUGGCGGUGCUGGCCUUCACGCGCAGCAAGAUCUUCGAGAUCUACUACUUCCGCGUCUGGCUCGCGCUGGUCGUCUGGGCCGCGUUGCAUGCGCUGGUGUUCUUGCCCGUGGCGCUGAGCUUGUUCGGCGGAAGAGGCUACAUGGACUCGGAGUCUGAGGGCGGACUCGAGCAAGACCUCCGUGGCAGACGCGGCUACCACCCUGCGCUUUACGCAGAAGAAGAUUACGAUUCGGAUGAUAUGUAG